AUUGGUGCGUUGAGCCGACACAACCCCCGAGAAACCUCUCUCUCUCUCUCUCUCUCUCUCUCCGCUGUCCCGAGGAGGCGAGGACGUCGCGGGCGUCGAGAGGAGGCGGCUUUGGCUCCCACGGCGAGCGAGCGCCUGGCAGCGCGGUCUCCGGCGAGCUGGGAAACGCGCGGGCUCGUGCUGAUUUGGAAGUUUUGAGGUGUCCUUGCUGCCGGGGCCUCGGGCGAUGGGGUGGGCAUCCUGCUGCAAGAGGUCGGACGGGGCUGAACCUGGUAAGAGGAAGAAUAAGAAGGACACAACGUGGCGGGUCUUCUCGCUGAAGGAGCUUCAGUCUGCAACCAACAAUUUCAAUUAUGAUAACAAGCUCGGCGAGGGUGGGUUCGGCAGCGUCUACUGGGGCCAGCUUUGGGAUGGAUCACAGAUUGCCGUGAAAAGGCUUAAGAGUUGGAGCAACAAGGCUGAGACUGAAUUUACUGUCGAGGUUAAGAUUUUGGCACAAGUGAGGCACAAGAGCCUUUUGAGCUUGCGUGGAUAUUGUGCUGAAGGCCAGGAACGUCUGAUAGUCUAUGAUUAUAUGCCAAACCUUAGCUUGCACUCUCACCUUCAUGGACAGCACGCAGGUGAAUGCAAUCUUAGUUGGGAACGAAGAUUGAAGAUCGCCAUUGAUUCUGCAGAAGGGAUUGCUUAUCUUCAUCACUAUGCUAUGCCGCAUAUCAUUCAUAGAGACGUCAAGGCGAGCAAUGUUCUCUUGGACUCGAAUUUCCAUGCCCGGGUCGCUGAUUUCGGGUUCGCUAAGCUCAUUCCAGAUGGCGCAACACAUGUCACCACAAAGGUGAAAGGUACACUCGGUUAUCUUGCACCGGAGUAUGCGAUGCUUGGGAAGGCCUCUGAAAGCUGCGACGUCUUCAGCUUCGGAGUAAUGCUUCUAGAGCUUGCCAGCGGAAAGAAGCCAGUUGAGAAACUAAACCCCACUACGAAGCGAACCAUAACCGAAUGGGCACUUCCACUCUCCCGUGACAAGAAGUUCAAGGAAAUUGCUGACCCAAAGCUCAAAGAUGGCUUCGUCGAGGAUGAGCUGAAGCGAAUGGUGCUUGUUGGGCUUGCGUGUUCUCAGAACAAGCCAGAGCAGAGACCGAUUAUGUCUGAAGUUGUUGAGCUGCUCAAGGGAGAAUCCGCUGAGAAGCUUUCCAACUUGGAGAAUGAUGAGCUGUUCAAGCCUGAACAGACCAGCUCGUACCAGGGCUCAUCCGGACCAGAUAGCUCAGAUUGCAUAAUUGAGGAGAAGAGUUCCAAAGCAGAUGUGAUAGAGGAGGCAGUCGAUUCCAGUGAGACUGUGCCCUCAGCAAGGUAGUCUGAAGCAUAGGAUGAUAUUGUCAAGAGGUGACAUGAGCUCCCAAUCUGGGAGAAGUGUGCUUAUCUAAGUGUAUUUAAGUUAUUCCUUGUUAGUAGCAGGUUAUUUGGGUGCUUCCCUACCCAGUUCACAGAUAUCCUCGUCUGUGUACGGUCAAUUUGAUUUGGUGUGGUUGUCUUAUGGCUUGUAAAA